UUUAGAGUUGACUUUUUUUUUCUUUCCCUCUUUGAGGGGGGAGUGUCUAACAAAAAGUGAGUUUAAUUCAAUAGAGCUGUGUUUUAAGCAGCCCCGGAGCCUUUUUUUCCUUGUUGUUUCCAAAAGCAGCCAGUUGCUUCCUACCCGCUGCACACUUUUCCCUACAGAGGGAGAGAGGCGGCGGUCAGCAUGCUGGGCGGCCUUGCCCUGUGAUGGACGGCCCCCAGCAUCGAACAAAAGUGCUAACAAUCACGAGCGCUAUAUGACUGACUUCUAAGCAUCUGCUACGUCUGAUAAAUAGGACUUGGGCCUACUGACUGCACAUCCUCUUCCUUUCAUAUUUCGACUCAGAAGCUUGAGUAGCCAUCAUGGACGACUUUGAACGUCGCAGAGAGCUCAGGAGACAGAAACGUGAGGAAAUGCGCCAGGAAGUUGAAAGAGUAACCUAUCAGAGAAAUGACGAUGACGAGGAAGAAGCCGCCAGGGAAAGGCGCCGGCGCGCUCGCCAGGAACGACAACAGCUGCAGAAGGAUGAUGGAGAAGGACACAAAGUUAACUCUCAGAAUAGCAUCACAGUAGAAGAGAACAGAUCUACUUCAAUAACAAAUGCUGAUAUUUCAACGGAAGAUGAAGCUGCAUUGUUGGACAGAUUGGCCAAACGAGAGGAGCGGCGACUGAAGCGCCUAAAAGAGGCAAUGGAACGUCAGAAGGAGCUUGAUCCAACCAUAUCUAUAACAACUAAUGAAAGCUCAUCAAUCUCGAAAAGCAACAGAAAUGGAGCAGAGGAGGUUGAAGUUAAUGAUGUCGCUCCUAAAGAAAAUGACACUCAACCUCAUAAAGUACAGCAUGAAGUUGAAGAGACUGAAACAGUGGACACUUCAUUUGAGAAGAAUGAUAGGAAAGAAGAGGUGGAACGCGUAGAAACAGAUCAAGAGGAGGUCGAGCAGAAUUUACAGGAUGAGGCACCUGAGGAACCUCUCAUAGAGGAAAAUCAGGUAGAAGUGACUUUCCAGAUUAAAAAUGUAGAAGUUUCUAGAUUCGAUACAGAUGGGGAAGUGCAAAUAGAGGCUGAGGUAUUUAGACAAGACAAUGAAAAGGAGCAGGAGGAGAAAGACGCAGAAAAACGUAGAGAAGCAGAGGAGAGAGAGAGAAUUGAAGAAGAAGAAGCUAAACGAGAGGCAGAAGAGAGGGAAAGAGCUGAGGCCGAGAGAAAGGAGGCUGAGGAAAGGGAAAGGAUUGAGGAAGAAGCAAAACGUGAGGCAGCAGAGAAGGAAAGAGUUGAAGCUGAGAGAAAAGCUGCAGAGGAAAGGGAAAGGAUAGAGGCAGAACAGCGAGAGAAAGAGAAAGCUGAGGCAGAGGAGAGAGAGAGGCAGAAGCGUCAGGAAGAAGAGAGGAAGGCAGCGGAGGUAAAGGCAGCAGCAGAAAGAAGGGCUCAAGAACAACUCAAAGCAGAGCAGAAAAGAGCAGAGGAGGAAAGGAAAAGACUAGAGGCAGAGGAAAAGCGGAAAGCAGAAGAAAAAAAGGCAGCAGAAGAGCGGGAAAGGAAGAAAGCAGAAGAAAAAAAGGCAGCGGAGGAGAAGGCUAGGUUAGAGUCUCUAAAAAAAAAAGAGGACAAAUUCAAGGCAGAAGAGAGAAAAGACAAGAAAGCUGAUGACAAACAGGUAAAAGAAAAGAAGGUGGAGGAAAAGAGCCAGCCAGCCUUCCUGAGGAAGCAGGGAGAAGACAAAGAAAAUAAGUUUGAAGCUAAAAAGGAAAAAGAUGAGAAAGUGCGAGCAGGCUUCAGAAAAGAGGAGGUUAAGGAUGCAAAAUUUAUUAAAGAUAAGGGUCCUAAGGAUGAAUUAAAGGCCAACUGGGAGCGGAAAAAAGGAUUUCCUGACAACAAAUCUCAAAAUGGUGAAAGUUUACAUGAAGUCUCACCACAGAAGCUCAAGCAUAUUGACAAGUUUGGUGGUGUGAAAGGUCAGCCAAGCACUGAUGAGGCAGACUCUGGGUCCAAGGUGGAAGCAGGAAAGAAAGUGGAUGAAUUGCGGCGCCGCAGAGGUGAGACGGAAACCGGAGACUUUGAGAAGUUAAAACAGAAACAGCAGGAAGCCUCCAUGGAGCUGGAGGAGCUGAAGAAAAGACGUGAGGAACGAAAGAAAAUUAUGGAAGAGGAGGAACAGAGGAAGAAGCAGGAAGAGGCAGAGAGAAAAGCCAAAGAAGAGGAAGAAAAGAAGAGGCUUAAGGAAGAAAUAGAAAGGAGAAGAGCUGAAGCUGCAGAAAAACGGCAGAAACUUCCAGACGAUGGUGUACCGGAAGACAAGAAACCCUUUAAGUGUUUUACCCCAAAAGGUUCAUAUCUUAAGAUUGAGGAACGGGCAGAGUUUUUGAAUAAGUCAGCUCAGAAAAGUGUUAAAGCUGCACAGCCAGCGGUGGUGUCAAAGAUUGACAGCCGUCUCGAGCAGUAUACCAGUGCGAUUGGGAGCAACAAAGGCCCCAAGCCUGCCAAAGCUGCCCCCACUGACCUCCCGCUGCCAGCUGACGGUGUCCGCAAUAUAAAGAGCAGGUGGGAGACAGGAAACGUAUUCUCAUCUCCGGGCGGUGUAGUGUCACCAAACAAGGAAACAGCAGGAUUAAAAGUGGGUGUUUCAAGUCGUAUUAAUGAAUGGUUAACGAAAACUCCAGAGACCAACAAAUCACCUGCAUCAAAGCCUUCAGAUCUAAGACCUGGAGAUGUAUCUGGCAAGCGUAACAUCUGGGAAAAGCCACAAACUGAGAAGCCUGGUUCACCAACCAAGAUGACAAUUGGGGGUAAAAAGUCUGACACCAAUGCAGGAUUAAGAUUUGAAAAGGAGCCAUAGGAAAUUUUCCAAGCCACCGGACCAACUCAGAAAUAAAGUGCUAAAUUGUCAUUUUAUAUUUAUGUUUACUUACCAAAUAUGUGUUUCUCAUUAUGCCGAAUCAAACCAUGUAUAUUAGCACUGUAUUUAAUACCCACCUCUCCAAACAGCGAAACAUUCAUAAGAGAACAGCACUGCCUUUGUAGAAGAUCCUAAUUAAGAAAAUCUCAGCUGUGAAACGGACUUAUUUCUACUGAUACAUAAUACUUUUAGCCCUACAGAAGUUACAUCAGGUGGGCAGUGUACAAUGAGGUCAUGCACAAGCAGAAUGGCGCUGCACUUUAGAGUAGAACACGGAUUCGUUUUUUUGUUUGUUUAUGUAAUGACCGGUGUCCAGUAAAAAAAUAAAUACUGAAUCGCUAAAAUUAUUAUUUUUUAUUAUAUUUUUUUCUUUUUCGCAAACUACUUAAAACAUCGACUUUGUUUCACUCUGUUACAGGUAAUGCCAAAAUUUUGGCUUGUAUUAGCCAACAGUGGUACUUUUAUGGAUGACCUUAUAGUGUUAUAGUUCAAUAACUGCGUUUUUAUACACGGUAUAUACACAGGUAGCUUUUUAAUCUUACAUCACUAUUAAAUGCAGACCGCUUUUUAUAUGCUAGAGUAUAUCUAGAGAUUUUUUUUCUACAUAAUAGCCAAUAUCACAGCUUUUGUUAAUUCACUUUUGUUUAGUUUUAGAUACUUUUUUUGUCAUUAACCAAUAGAAAAAAGUAAGCCCGACAUAAUCUUAAAAAAUAUUUGUAAAAAAAUAUAAAAAUAAAUCAAGAUAAGGUACACUAUAAAGAGGCUUGCUAAAUUAGUUCAGAUUUGAAGGAAAAAGAGAAACAAAACAAAAUUGUAAUUAAUUUAUAAACAGAAUUUUUAUUAUUUUAAUUUUUUAAUUUUUUUUUGCAAAGCAUCAAUAAUUGAGAACCCUGCCACUGGGAUCACAAGACUCAGUUUAAUGAAUUUCCAUUUCCUUUGUAACCCAUUUAAAAAAAUUUGACAGGCAGGUUUCAUAUUAUAUGUAUAUAGCUAACAUUAGUGUAAAAGUUACAGUUCGACUUUUUCAACAAUGUGUGUUGAGGAAGCCAACUGUAAUUUCAUGCAAUAAAUACUGAAUUUUGUACUGCAUUCUUUUGUGAUAUCGUUAUACAAUAAAACAGACAAAAAUAUAGACUCACGCUGUUUUGUUGCUCCAAAGAUUAAAACCACUGCUUUGCUGAAAUAUUGUAUUCUUUCAAUAAUUCAAAAAUUUACUUACAAGAUGCAAAUGCACUCUGUUAUGUGUGGGAAAAUAACCCUACACACAUUGUCCUGUUAUUGUCUGCAAAGUUAUUGUCUUUAAACAUUUCCAACUGCAUAGAAUAAUUUGUUUCAACAAUGUAUUAUGAAACUGCAACCACAAUAAAUUGAUAAAUGUAA